AUGUUGUUCUUCGGACUUCUAUUACUUCUUCCAUUGGCGCAGUGUAGUAAAACACCACCUGACAUCAUAUUCCUCCUAGCAGAUGACUUGGGGUGGGACGACGUCAGCUUUCAUGGAUCCUCUCAGAUACCCACUCCGAACUUGGACGCCCUCGCUGCUGACGGCGUCAUACUGAACAACUACUACGCACAGCCAGCAUGCACGCCGUCAAGGUCUGCUCUCAUGACUGGCCUGUACCCAGCCCGCAUAGGCAUGGGAGGCCUCGCAAUCGACGUUGCCGAAGCGUGGGCGCUUCCAUCGAAUUUGCGGAUUCUGCCUCAGUACCUAAAGGAUCUGGGCUACGAGACUCAUCUUAUUGGAAAGUGGAACCUCGGGUAUUAUACGGAUAGCCUCACUCCCACGUACCGAGGUUUCGACAGCUUUUACGGAUAUUACAACGGCGAGGAGGACUACUACACUCACAGCAUCACAUAUGAAAACCACACAGGCCUCGACUUUUGGCUGAACACCGAUCCGGUGUGGUCUGUAAAUGGGACAUAUUCCACCACUCUGUACACGGAAAGAGCUCGACAUAUCAUAGCCAACAGAAACAAGACAAAGCCGCUGUUCCUUAUGCUGUCCUACCAGGCAGUGCAUGGUGCAGACAUCGAAGGCCUCCCACAAGCGCCACAAGAAAACGUCGACAAGUUUCCCUACAUUGGGGAACAGAAAAGAACUAUAUUUGCAGGGAUGGUGGACGCGAUGGACCAGUCCGUAGGCGAGGUGUUCGCGGCUCUAAAUUCCGCCGGAAUGCUGCAGAACGCAGUCAUCGCCUUUAGCAGCGACAACGGCGGUGCCCCGUUCGGCGCACAUGCAAGCCGCAGUUUCAACUGGCCGCUGCGUGGCGCUAAAGGCACCAUUUGGGAAGGCGGCACCAGGUCGGCGGCAUUCGUUUGGAGUCCCUUGCUUUACAAGAGGCAUAAAGUGUCCCAUCAACUUAUGCACAUCACGGACUGGCUGCCGACACUCUACUCAAUUGGUGGGGGAAACGUAACGAGCCUCGGAAAAUUGGACGGAUUCGACAUGUGGCGAUACCUCUCUCAGGGAUCGAAUUCACCUCGCGUAGAGAUGCUAUACAAUUACGACAAGUGGAUUUUCAACGCACAGGGACUGCGCUUCUCUAAGUACAAGCUGGUGCUCGACGAUAGCGGAAUGUUCAACCAGCGCUACCCUACGGCCGGGGGCAAGCGUCCGUGGAAUGACCUCGACAAGCUGCUCGCUCGGUCCCAGGCGGCGAAAGUGCUGAGGAACUUCUACCACAGGAACCAAUUGGAACUUCCCCGGCACUGGAGGGACAAGCGACACUGAAAUGUGAUCGACGGGUACCGGAAAACUUUUCUGACAACGACACCGUCUUCUUGUUCGACAUCGUUGCGGACCCCUGCGAGCGGAACAAUUUGGCCGACUCACUUCCGGAGGUCGUGGAGUUCCUAAGGAAGCGAAUCGAGGCGUACGCCGCCAUUGCAGUUCCACCAUUGAACGCUCCUAAAGACCCCGCCGGAUUUCCAGAGUUACACAAUGGAACGUGGGCACCCUGGUUGGAUUCAGUGCUAUGAUGAUUCAAUGCAACUGGGCUGAAUAACGGUGCUACGUUAUAGUGAUACCGAUACACAAUGGGAGCUGUGUGCCUUGCCCGUCUGUAGCUUUGAAAACUUCAGGAGAAGUGAGCACAAUGAAAAAGCUACAGGCUCCGAAGUGAUCCACCACGUGACUGCCGUUAACGCAUUAUAGGGACCGACAACUGGCCCGAAACGUGUGAUUCUAUCUAUAAUAGAAAUGAAAAAGACCAUGAAUAAUAGUGAUAGGUCCCAGCA